CAAAGUUGUUUUAUUCCGAUUUUGGCCGACGUGGCGAUCAGAAUGCGGUCUUACCCGUGCCGCCACCUCACAAACUACAUCCGAAACUGAUCCCAUCCGGAGCAGCGGGGGAAAAGCCCUUUCACCCUGCGGAGCAGUCGCCGGUUUACCGAAGCAAGCGACACCAUGAAAUCUACCAUGAUUCCGAUGAAAUGACUGCGUGUUUGCAGUAUCAGCCACCAUCACGAAGCGGGGACGAAUCCUCUGCAGCUCUUAGCAGAGUGCCAAGCAGAAGCACGCGAAGGCAUGAAGGACACCGCUUUUACCACACGAAGUGCGAGCGUGGGGAGGUCUUGUUUCGAGGAGGUUUCAGGGAGACCAGUGGUAAUGAGAUUUUAGCAAUAGCUUUCAAGGUUGGGGUAGGCCGUACCCGUAGGCGUAGGUUACCUCCUCAAGCUAAUAAUAUAGUACAGCUUGUUCUUCUUUGCCUUUGGAAAGUUCUACUUUGGGUACUACUUGUACUAAAAAGUACUUGUAUUUCAUCUACUUAGCUAUACAUAGCGUUUCAGUUACUCUUGCUUAGAUCUUCUAUUAAAGUGUUAUGGGUUCAUUUUGGCUUUGUACGCGCACUGCACCCAAUGCUUGGGCGUCAAGUACUACUUUUUUUGGUCGUAAAAAGAGCGAGCGUCCAGAAUAAAACUCCCACUCACAUCUUCAGCCGAGCGCGUAUUUCCUUCGGACACUGCCGCUCCGCUACCUAUUCGUCGCAUCACGCGCGGCGUCGACUCGAAUCUGGUCAGCUACGACGGCAACCCUGUUCUGGAUCCGUGGCUUGAGGAAGGCGCUGCUCCGCAACCGGAGUUCAGAUCGAGUAGCAAGGCCUCGAAAAAAUCCAAGGACGCAGUGCAAAUGCCGCCAGCAGGCUUAAAGUCAGAGCCACCGGGAUCCACGCGACGCGUUGACGGCGGCCAUGACCACAAACACCAUUUUGGCCUCGGUACGUCUCAAGAAUCGGCUGGAUCUGGACUGGUGCCGACAACUGGAGGAGCUCGUGAGGAGGUCGACGGCGAACCUCCUGCUCGUGGUAGCAGUACUUCCAGUUCUAGUUUACAACACCCACAGUCACAGAGAACAGC